AUGGCGGCGCGCCUGCUGGCGCUCGCGUGGCUCGCGUCGAGCGGCCACGUGGGCCUCGACGGGCCGACCUACGCGCCGACGAGCCCGAACGUGCUGGGCUGCGACGACCUCUGCGUCGGCUUCCGCUGCGCGACCUACAGCGCCCAGAGCUGCGCCGUCGUCCUCGAGGACUUUGGGUGCGCCUGCGCCGGCUGCGCCUGCGCCGCGCCGCCGCCGGGCAACGGCAGCAACGCCACGGGCCCCGGCGACCUCGCGCCGUCGCCGGCGUGCGGCCCGCGGCUCGCGCGCGACUGCGGCGCCUGCGGCGCCUGCUUCGCCCACGGGCCCGGCCGCUGCGAGGCGAGCGGCGCCAUGCCGGCGCCGGGCUGCGCGUCCUGCCCGGCCUGCGCCGCGUGCUUCCCCGCGAGCCGCUGCGCGAACGCGCGCGCGGCCGCCGCCGUCGCCGUCGCCGCGCCGGCCUGGAUGCUGCGGCCCAAGCACGCCAACUGCAGCGACGGCGACGCCAAGGCGCGCCACCCCGAGGCCUGCGCGGCCUACGCGGACGCGCGGACGUGCUGCGAGGCGCGCGCGCGCGAGGGCUGGUGCCAGGGCAGCAAAAGGGUGCGAAAUUCCCAACUUCAAAGGCUCAUAUCUCGGCCGUUUUCCACUCGCUGGUGCGGCGGCCACUUUUCUGACCGCGGCGCGUACGCGGGCGCCUGCCGCUGGACCUGCGGCCUCUGCGAGGCCGGCCGCGUCGACUACGCCCACCUCGGCCGCGUGCUCGGGCCCACGGAGGACGUCGACUUCGAGACGGCCAUGGGCAAGGUCAUGGCCCUCUUCUACGGGUCCGUGCUCCUCGUCUCCCUCUGCGUCGCGCCGUGCUGCCUGUCGCGGUGCCGCGCGCGCUACGCGCGGCGCGGCCGCCUCGCCUGGGUCUGCCCGGCCUGCGGCGCGGGCAACGGCGCGCCGACGCGGGGCGCCAAGUGCGGCGCCUGCGGCGCGGCGCUGCCCCUCGCGGCGCGGCCCUUCUGCAAGCCCGCGCUCAUCCUCGUCGUCACGAUCUUCGGCCUCGUGCUCGGCUCCGUCGGCGCGUUCCUCACGCUCCAGGACGCCGAGGCCAAGGCCGACGAGUUCUCCGUCGCCGCGGCCGAGGUGUCGAACCUGACCAUCGCCGCGGAGCCCGCGGGGCUCACCAUCGACGUCGCCGUCACCGUCGCCGUCGCGUUCCCCGACGACAUGGCCUUCAAGGUGCUCCUCGCGGAGCGCGUCGCCGUCAUCACCUACGUCGACGACCUCGUCCAGCUGCCCAUCGGCUCGCUGACCAUCGGCGCGGUCGAGCUCACGCCGGGCGAGGUCACGCCGCUGACGACGGCGUUCCACCUCCACCUGCGGCAGGACACGUUCUGGGGCGCGGGGCCCGCGUCGCCGGUUUUUUCGGGGGGGGGGGUCGCCCGGACGACCGACCGCGCGCCGCGCGUCCGGCCCGAGCGCGCCGAUUUAGGCCAGUUCGUCGCGACGAAGGUGCUCACGACGCCGUCGCGCAUCCGCCUCGGGCCGACGCGCGUCGACAUGGAGGCGCGCACGGAGCCGUGUGGAAUUCAACCACUGGUUUGA